UAAGCCUUUCUUCCUCCUCCUCAGUGGGUCCGCCACUGGGCAUUACACAACUCUACCAUUGAUUGUGUGUAAUCGGAGUUAGCGGUGAUGGACGCCUUGAGAGCAUCGUAUGGUGAUACUUCAUCUGACUCCGAUUCAGAAUCAUGUCCGACCCGUAUCCCCGACCGCACCCCUCUCCCUCCGCCGCCGUUGUCUCUUCUCCAGCCCCCAAAUUCAGCAGGUAUAUCCGAUGUUUUGCAUACAGAGCAUCCAAAUCGAGUCCGCAACUUCCCCCAUGUUGAGGGUAAUUAUGCUUUGCAUGUUUAUAUUCCAGUGUAUUUUCCCGUUUCAUCAAGAAGGGAGAUUCUACCCUUCCUGGAAAGGGUUGCAGCUGCCGUGAAUGAACUUCAUGUGGUUGAUGUUGACAUCCCCUUAAGUAAUUUAAUUAAAGAUGAGCAAAAGCUCAAUCAAGUUGUUCUUGGGAGGGAAUUCCACGUGAGCUUGGGAAGGACUGUUCCAAUUCGAGUGCACCAGCGAGACUCACUAGUGGCUAUGCUUCGGCAGAAACUACAGUCUCAUAAGAGGUAUUGGAUUGAUUUUGAUAAAUGGGAAGUUUUUGUCAAUGAUGAUUGUACUCGGACCUUUCUCUCAUUGGAAGUCACCGGAGCAGGCUUAGCUGAGAUCCAGAAGCAAAUUGAGUUGGUAAAUGGAGUCUACAAGCUUCACAAUCUCCCAGAGUUUUAUCAGAAUCCACGCCCGCAUAUAUCCGUAGCUUGGGCCGUUGGUGAUAAAAGCAGCUCUUUGAAGAGUGUGAUCAAAGCAGAAAUGAAGAGACAUUUUGAAGUUGUAUCUAAGAAACGCAUUUUCACUUGCAAAUUUGGUGGGAUUUCAUGCAAAAUAGGUAACAAAAUCUACGAUAUAUGCAAGGUCCCAGAAGUAUGACCCAGGAUGCACACUCUUUGAUGGAAAAUGGCGAAACAUUUAUAUUUUCACAAUUCCCCACUCGUUUCACAUGUUCUAUAGAAAGAAUAUUUUUCACAUGUGCUAUAGAAUGAAUAUUUUGGGGCAUGUUGGAACACCUUUUUUGGGCGGGCACCCUUUAUCCAGGAUGAUAAUAUUAUCAUUUGGUAUUGAUGGGGUAUUGAUGUGAUAA